UUGCGGAGAUACGGAGGAACUGAAAGCAACAGACACUGCGUGGUGAGACUUAAGGGUCACCUGGGGUCAAAGUGAAACAAAACUCUGGAACUCACUGCCACGGCACAUAGUGACACUUAAGGAUAGGCAGAAGUUUAAGACCAGCAACAACAACCACUUCAGCGACCUUCGUCAGCGCCCUUCCCUUAAGGACACCUGCUAAAGCUGAAGAUUGGACUACAGAGAGAAUAAAAAAGUAACACCAUGCCGGAGCGUUCUGUGAACUGUCCUCUGCCCAGGGACGGUAGGUCAUGGGUCAUCUUAAUAUUCUUUAUACUCCUGGGCGGGAUGAUGCUGUUGUUGGGCCUGUAUUUCUUCGUCAGGACACUGAUCUGGGCGAUAGGAGUCGUCAUCAUCGCCCUAGUCUUCGUCUUCAUGUGUAUCUUCAUGUUCUGUCCGAAAUGCCUGACUGCGUGCACCUGCAACGGGGGAGGAGAAGACGGGAAGGAGCACUCGUACGAGGGGAGCUGCAGGUACGCCAAGGACGGCGGAGAGGCCGCCAGGAGCCGCAAGAGGCGUCGGCAGCGCAGGCGGAGCAGCAGCGACAGCUCCUCGGACGACUCGGAGUACGAGCGGGAGCGGCGUCGCCGGAAGCGCCGGCGCAAGGAGAGACGGGAGAGACGGGACGACAGUGACGACAGCUAUGACGACAUCCGGUACGAAGACGAGAGGCGCAGGCGCAAAGGGAAGGAGAAGGAUGACAACGACGCGAACGAGAAACGAAAGAAGUGGAUACCGGCCUGCGUGGCACGGCGGAAGGGCAGUGACAGUGAUUCCGGGUUAGAUGUGCCCUGA